AUGAGUCUGUUUCUAAAAUGUAUACUUUUCGGGAUCCCGAUCCCUUACAGAAUUUAUCGUGUUACCGCUGAAACGUUUAAUAAUGACCCUUUCGCAAGAUCAAUGAGACUGGAUAGGCAUUACUGUGGCGAAUUUUCCAUGGCUUCAGUUCAGUCAAAUAAGGAUAUGGAAGAUCACAGCCAUGUUGAUGUUGGCCUUGAUGCACUCUUUGUUGGAAUUUAUGAUGGCUUUAAAGGCAAGACCGCUGCCAACUAUAUCCGUAGCCACAUCUUUCAGGCUCUUUUGAGACGUAUUAUGGAGAAUAAUAACAAUAUGACUGUGGAUAUAUUGAGGGAAGUUAUUGAGGAAAUCGAAAGCGGAUUUAUGGAAUUUGCUAGAACCAGUUUUGAACACCAACAUCAAGAACAGAUAGGUUUAGUUAGUUCAGGUUGUUUGAUUUGUUUUAUAUGGCGGGGGACACUAUAUCUUGCCAACGUGGGAGACUCGCGUGCUGUGCUUGGUUCUGAGAAGGAUAUUGGUCCAUUUAAAAGAUUGCGUGUGAAGCAAAUGGUUAGAGAUCACAAUUGUGAUAAUUUAGAUGUUCAAAAAGAACUCCGUACAUUGCAUCCAGAUGAUAAUCUUAUUUACGAAUUUAGUGAAAUGUACCACCCAAAUGCUGAUUAUCAUGCUAACAAAGAUCCAUCAUGGACUAUUAAAGGCUUAAUCGAGACAAGUAGAUGUAUAGGUUAUGCGUACAUGAAGAAGGUGCCGUUUACUCAAAGGAGAUCAUUCCAAAUCCCAAUGCGAGAACGAGUGGUUUCAGCUUUUACAAGACCUGUGCUAAGAUCAGAACCAGAAGUUUAUUCAAGAGUCUUAAAAGACAAUGAUAGUUUCAUUAUAUUUGGAUCUAGCGGAUUUUGGAAAUUGAUUUCAAAUGAGCUUGCUGCUAGAAUUGUUAACACCAGUCCACGAGAAAAUAUUGCGAAAAGACUAGCCAUAAUUGCUAUAGAGAAGGGGGCUGAUAAAAAGGAAAGCAAAUACAGUGACAUUGUAGAGCUUCCUAAAGGCAAUUGUGCUAGUGGGAAUUGGGAUAUGGUACCCGACAGAUCUAGACCGAUUUAUCAUGAUGAUAUAACUGUGGUUGUUGUAUUUUUCGACAAAAGGCCGAAUGGUGUGAGGCCAGAGAUCAAGUCUUACACUUGCAAUGAUUAUGCAGAUCUACCAUCAGAGUUUAUAUAUUUCUAUAAUAAUAUGAAUGUGUGA